CCUAGCGCAUCAUGUUCCGUCAGUUACCUCCCUCUUAUGUGCCUUCCGUUACCUCCCUUGGGUCCCUGUGUCAACCUAUUUUCUCCCUCCUACCUCACCGCCUCACCGGGAGGUACUGCGUCAAGCGCCGUCGUGGGUUCCGCGGAGCAAAGUCUUCUGUCGCCGAGCUUUAAUGUGGAUCUCGCGUGCCGUGAGUCACACAGUGACAUGUGCGCCAGUCCUCACUCACUCCCCUUUUCCCCUUUUCCAAUCUUUCCUUUUCUUCGCGUCCACCUUCUGUUCCGGUGUUUGCUGCGGAGAGUGUUUCAGCCAAACAGCUUCCUACAGCGCCACCUACAGUCCUGCUGCUCGCAAGAAAAUGCAAGAAUGAGUGUCGCGUAACACACUGACGACUUGUGGAAGGGAGAAGGGAAAGGAAUAGAGGAGAGAGGGAAGUGUGCGGAGAUGCGGAGAGAGCAGAUGGACACUGGAAACAUGUCCUUCUUGGAGGCGGAGCUGAGAGUACACUAAGGUCAAGUAAUCAGCGCAAGGAGCAUCGCGGAAACAAGCUGCGCAGCAACAGCUCUUGAAGCAAAAUCGAUGCGACAUCGCCGGCCACCUCGCGGUCUACUUUUGCAGAACCGCGGUCUGGAACAGGAUGGGUAGGCAAUGGCCACGAGGCGCUUCCCCGCCCGCAGCUGAUUGGCUGGCGCUGACAUGCGAUUCACGCAAGUUGCUGAAGUAGCCCACCCAGGAGGGAGCGUCGGUCCCGGCUUGGCCCCCCUUCGUCGGACCUGGGCCAUUGGACAACUGUCUACAUCGGAGUUGCACCCGCAAAGUUGUCCGUGGUCCACACACCUGCAGUGACCAAGACUCCUUUUUUAUUAUUAUGUUUUUGUCAAGCUGCUUCCAGAGACUUUCUUUUCAAAGUGUUACUUCAUCUUAUUCACGGGAGCAGUCAUCAGCGCCAAGAGCUCGGCGGGCCCAGCCAUCUUGACAUGAGAUGUCUUGAGUGAUUUCAGUGGCAGGACUACAACUUCUUACAAAAUGCUCGUUUUUCUUGCGCGAUCAACGGAAAAACAAAAAAUCUUGACAUUCAAAAAGCAAGAGGGGAACAGUUCUGGCUUCUUUCUCCAUAACAAAAUCUUGGUGGAAACAAGCAGAACGGAAGUAGGUCUGAAAACAAAGCGUCAAGAUUUGAAAUCAUGUCAUAUUCAAGCUAGUCAGUCCAUCUGCAGAAAAGAGGUUUUCUGCGAAGAGGUUGCGCAUUAAAGAGCAUGAAUUUUUCAUGUCAUCCUGUCCAGUAAUGGACCCUUGAAACAACGUUGGUCGUACAUAAUGCAGCUUUGAGUGCCUAUGGAUUUAUGAGUUCUGGUGAGCAAAUUAUCACCCACACGCUUUACGAAAACUUUCAUUCUAUGCACAUAAAUAUUCCAAUUGUUCUCUGGAGAUUAAGAUUGUGUACUUUGAUGCCACUCCAUCAUAGUGUUAAACCCGUUUUCAUAAUUUGUGUAUCUGCAGUAUCUCCAAUGUGAUAUUUAAAAAAGUUAUGCAAAAUCAAAACAAGUUAACUUUGUGAUAGGAACCUAGUUUGUCUUCUACUUAUUAUGACAUCAAGACUGUGCUUUGACCUGAAGACAUCGUCUCCUUAAUCUCAUAAAGAUCGCCGUACUCACAGGACACAAGUUUCUUUCGUUGGAGAGUGUGAGAAUCUUCUAGAAGACUUUAAAAUCUCUUGCUACUCGACAUUCUCACCUUUCCUUGAUGCAUUUGACUAACAAGUUCCGAGCGACAGCCGAGCGAACUGGUCAGCACCACGUCACAUAGAUGACAUUACGUUACACGACCUCGACACGGGCUGUAACCCAUCUACAAACCACGUGGACAGCGGUGUGGAGACACUGUACGUCACCGACGGUGUUCGUCACUGGAGGAUUCCUGACUCUCUGACAAAGAUUUCAUACCCAGCGACACAGGAUCUGUUGUGACAGUAGUGGUCAGACCUGAGAGGAGUUGGUCACACAUUUCUGCUGCAGGUGUUUGAGGACUACUGCCGUUGUGGGUGUCAACAUGGCGGGGACUCUCUACACCUUGUAUCCCGCCAUGCUCCUCUUUCUUCUUCCUCAUCAAUCAGUGGCUCUGGGGUCUUCGCCAUGGCAUGACUGGUGGUCGUAUGAAGGAAUAAGUGGUCCAGAUUACUGGGGAACCAUCAACCCUGAAUGGGCCUUGUGCCACAAGGGGAAACAACAGUCGCCCAUCGACAUCGAACCCUCCCGUCUCCUGUACGACCCAAACCUCAAACACCUGAAGAUAGAGUCAACAUAUAUGAAGGGCUUGUUGAGGAACACAGGUCGUGACAUCACGGUGGAACUACAAGGUGAAGGCUACAGCAGCAUCAACAUCAGCCUCGGUCCGCUGUCCUACCGCUACCGCGCCGUCAAGCUGCAGUUCCACUUCGCCAACAAGGACACCAACGGCUCCGAGCACCGCAUCGGCGGCACGUCAUUUCCGGUGGAGAUGCAUGUGGUGGCGUAUAACACCGACCUGUACGAUGACUUUGCUUCUGCCGUCAAAGGGGUCAAAGGUAUCGCCGUCAUCGCUGUCUUCAUGCAGGUCGGCAAAGAAGCGAACAAACCAUUCCAAGAGAUAUCUAAAGAGAUGAAGAGAUUACUGAAAAAGGAUGACAAGGUCAUGGUUUACCAUCUUGACCUUAACCAGCUUCUCCCCAGCACGGAGCAUUACAUUACCUACGACGGGUCAUUGACAUACCCGGGGUGCUAUGAGACCGUGACGUGGAUUAUCCUCAACAAGCCAGCUAUCAUUUCCACCGAUCAGCUGUCGUCGCUGCGCGUGCUGUACAACGGACGAGAGAACCAGGCCGAGCUGCGGGUGGCUGUGAACGCCAGACCGAUCAUGCCCCUGAACCAUCGGGUGGUGAGGACCAACAUCAACAUGAAGAAACGGUCGAGACUGUGUUCGAUGGAGAGAGAGAUGUUCUAUCAAGUCAACGAGGCGUACCUGAAAUCAUGACGAUGCACUGCACUCUCGGCCUGCUAACGAACCAGAACAGGGGACGGCUGCCCCUGUCCAGCCAGACUGGUGGUCAGACUCCUGUCUUGAGCUACUCAAGUGCCAACACAAUUUUCGUCGUGAUCUGCUUUGAACUUGAAGAGUUUGCUGGAACUACGUUAAAAUAAAAGCUAGAUAGAAAUAUUGCUGUUAUACCGUCAACGCUUCCAUUGAAAGAUAACAGCUCAUCCUAGGGUAGUAUAGGAUCACGUGACCUGAAAAAAAGUCAUUUAUCUUAAGACGUUUUCAUUUGGCGCGAGGGAGCGGGUGGUCAGCAACACCCAGUAUGUGAUCUGACUCACCUGCUAUACCCGAGACAAAGAAGCAUGUUUUAUUUUAAACCAAGCAAAACAAAAUUCACAAUUACAACUACGAGAAAAAAAAAUCGAAACAAAUAUUGCUGUUUGAUUACCCAUGGACUCAUUGUUGAAAUCCAUGCGCAGAACAGUUUAUCUUCAAUACCUUAGCUGUAAGAAUUGAUGUGGGCAAUGAUCCGGUCAGAUUAACCGAUCUGCGUAAUCCAAGCAGGUCAGAUAAUCUGAUCUGCUUCACCUUGAGGUCAAAGCAACUACGGCCUUACUUGUUGUUAGAUUAAUCAACCCACCUGAGCUGCGGGCUUAGCAGACAAACCGACCCUCAUUACUGGGCGGUACAGGUGCCCAUACAGUCGGUCACAUGCCAACUGCAUUGCCAGGCGGUCAGAGGUGGACGCAUUGACGUCAGCCAGGUGAAAGGAGCAAGCCCUCGGUGACAUCAGUGCUACUUGUUUACGCAAACCAGUGCUUCCAGCGCGCGCAGCGCUCACCUUUUGUCGCCUUUCUUUCUUCUCGUCCAGUCUCAUUCAAGACGCCAUGCUCAAGAGGUUUGCAUGAAGAAUAAAGCUUCUCGCCACCUUCUACACUCUUUUCAUCCAUGCCAGGCUUUGUGUGUCUCUGCCGCGACUAUUCAGCUCGACUCCGCGGUCUGGCGGCGUCUUUGUGGAGACCGCCUCGCUUGACGAGGUCCUUAGAAACAUGUCAUCGCAUGGCGGUCCGUAGGUCAACCAGUCGCAGUGUCAGUGCAGGUAAACUUGCAAAUAUCCUGCAAUAUCGUGCUAGAUCUUCUUUUUUUUUUUUUUUUUUAACGACUUCCAUUGGGUGUAAAAUCUUGAGGUGUGACACGCGAAGUGACCUGUCGGGACAUGUUGAACACACCUUCUCGUUGAGCCGUGUCGGUCGAAAGAU